UACGUCAACCAGUUGUGAUAUAUGCUCUAAGAGCACGGUGUAUAACCAGCAACCAACGAAUUUGUUGCCAGCAACGAGAGAAAAGUUUGGUAAAAGGUGACGUGUCACAAGUUCUUUACUACGGUUUGACUGGAAUUAUUGAACGAUGAACGCGUUUAAGCGUGAUAAAAAGGAAGAAGAAGACGGCGGAGGAAAUCCGUUUCAAGACAUGGAGAAAACAACAGUUCUCCAGGAGGCUCGGACAUUCAAUGAUACUCCGGUGAAUGCUCUAAAAUGCGCUCAUAUUCUGACAAAGAUAUUGUACCUUAUAAAUCAAGGUGAACAGUUAGGGACUACCGAAGCGACGGAAGCGUUUUUUGCUAUGACAAAACUCUUCCAAUCACGUGAUGUCAUUUUGCGUCGAUUGGUUUACUUGGGAAUCAAGGAAUUGAGUUCAGUCGCUGAGGAUGUGAUUAUAGUCACUUCUAGCCUUACAAAAGACAUGACUGGAAAAGAGGAUUUAUACAGAGCAUCAGCAAUUAGAGCCCUGUGUACUAUCACUGAUGGGGCUAUGCUUCAGGCUAUUGAACGUUACAUGAAACAAGCUAUUGUCGACCGUUCGCCGGCAGUCUCUAGUGCUGCGCUAGUUUCGACACUUCAUUUGACCAGUAUUUCUGGAGAUGUGGCUAGAAGAUGGGCAAACGAAGCUCAAGAAGCCCUAAAUUCUGACAAUGUUAUGGUUCAGUACCAUGCACUAGGAGUUCUUUAUCAGGCACGGAAGACAGACAAGCAUGCAGUCACCAAACUUGUUACAAAGCUAACUCGAACGAUCCUGAAAAGUCCAUAUGCCGCUUGCAUGUUGAUCAGAAUGGCGUGUAAGCUGCUGGAAGAGGAAGAUGGUAACGGAGAGCUGCUGGAUUUUGUAGAAUCGUGUCUACGUCAUAAAUCGGAAAUGGUUAUCUACGAAGCAGCUCAUGCCUUGGUCAGCAUGGGCCGGAGUGGGACAAGGGAACUUGCCUCAGCUAUAAGUGUGCUACAGCUCUUCUGUGGUUCAACAAAACCAGCCGUGAGAUUUGCUGCUGUUAGAACUUUGAACAAAGUAGCAAUGUCUCAUCCGGCUGCUGUGACUGCGUGUAACUUGGAUCUAGAGAAUCUAAUCUCAGAUUCUAAUAGGUCUAUUGCUACAUUGGCUAUCACAACUUUGCUGAAAACUGGAGCAGAGAGCUCUGUUGAUCGUUUGAUGAAACAAAUUACUACCUUUGUGUCUGAGAUAUCUGACGAAUUCAAGGUCGUUGUUGUUCAGGCUAUAAGAGCGUUAUGUCAAAAGUUUCCUCGGAAACAUGCUGUGCUCAUGAAUUUCCUAUCUGCAAUGCUCAGGGAUGAGGGUGGUCUAGAAUACAAAGCAGCGAUUGCAGAUACAAUAAUAGCGGUCAUGGAAGGUAACUCGGAAGCAAAAGAGGCUGGGCUUGCACACCUUUGCGAAUUUAUCGAGGAUUGUGAGCAUAUCUCACUCGCGGUACGCAUACUGCAUCUACUUGGUCAAGAGGGUCCAACUUCAAAGCAGCCUUCUCGUUACAUUCGUUUCAUCUACAACCGUGUUAUUCUGGAAUGUGCUAGUGUUCGUGCUGCAGCUGUAACUGCAUUGGCACGCUUUGCGGUAACAUGUCCUCCUCUUCUUCCUAAUAUUCUUGAACUGCUAUCACGUUGCCAAUUGGAUUCUGAUGACGAAGUACGCGAUCGCGCUGCGUAUUAUUGCACAAUUCUUCAACAGCAAUUUGAUCAAACAACUCUCUCACUCGUGCAACCACCACUUCUCUCGAUUCCGAGCUUGGAAAGAGCAUUGCAUAAUUAUGUAUGCUCUCCAAUGGAAGAACCGUUUGACAUUUCUCAGAUUCUACCGGCCCAAACCGUAGAAGAGCCGUCAAAGCCAGAAAUACAUGCUACGAAACAACAACAGCCGAGACUUUCACGAGAAGAAAUAUUGAUGGAAAAACUAGCCCAAGUUCCACAUUUAUCAGCGAUUAUAUCCGAGUCUCCACUCUUCAAAUCCUCUGCAGUCGUCGAGUUGACUGAAUCUGAAACUGAAUAUAAUGUCAAAUGUGUAAAGCACUCAUUCUCGAAUCAUCUUGUUCUACAAUUUGAUUGUUCGAACACUCUUUCCGAUCAACUACUAGAAGAUGUCAGGGUCGCCAUUGAGCCACCAGAAGGUUACAGAGUCGUGUAUGAAAUUCCAUGCCCUCGAUUGGCAUACAAUGAGCCUGGAACGACGUAUACGGUACUGGAAUUCCCUGGGGAUGUUCAGGCUAGUGUAACUACCAUUCCAACAACCUUGCGUUUCAUGGCACGCGAUUGUGAUCCCACCACAGGUAUUCCAGAUGCUGAGCAGGGAUAUCGCGACGAAUACAUGUUGGAAGACCUAGAAGUAACUCUGGCGGAUCAAAUGCGUGGAACCGGAGGACGAGGCACAGAUUUCAGUGCAGCUUGGGAGGCGGCCGCGACUCGUGGUUUCUCUGAACUAGAAGAAACCUUUGCUCUAGGAGCCUCGGUAACUACCCUUGAAGGAGCAGUUCAAAGUCUCAUUGGUUUCUUGGGUCUUGAAUCCGUUGAACGGAGUCAUCGAGUGGCAUCGGAUGCAGUAGGGCACACGUUAUUGUUAGCUGGUAUUUUUAGGGGCGGAAAAGAAGUGCUGGCUCGAGCUCGAUUAGCUUUAGCUGAUAGUCAGGUAACCAUGCAAUUGUCGGUUAGAUCAUCGGAUCCUGAUGUGGCAGAACUCGUUACUUCCUCCGUAGGAUAGAAAUUGAAUUGGCUGCAAACAAUUUUGAUCGAUUAAUGUGCAUAAAUCUAAAAUUCGAGAACGUACCCCGUAUUUCAACACGAACUCAUCGCUAGAGAUACUAAGGACUUUCUUAUCACAGGAUUCAAAUCCUAGACUGUGUAUUAUAUUCAAAUUAUACGUUACGUUAUCUGUCGACUAAUUUCGCUCUAAUAAUUCUCACACGUUGAACAGAAUUGCUAUGCCAUGCCGAUUAGUCUGUAUAUUGUUUAUAUUAAAUAAAGAAGAAUAAAUACGGGCCAUUGACAGAUGA